UGGAUUCUGUGGUUUGGGACGGUGUAGGGCAGUGUAGGUAGCUUUGGUUGUUUUGUGUGAUUGCUUAACUUAGAUCUGUAGGAAGUUAAUAAUUGUUUCAUAGAAUUCCCUGAAAUUCCUGAUGAUGAUGACUCUUGGUAGUAACUCACAGUACUACUGAAGUGGCUUACAAUGUCUGCCUCCAGAGUAAGCGAGGACGACCCAGAUAAUGGGAACAAACCACAUUCUGAUACCACUGAGAACACCCUCCAGUUAAGUAAGAAGCGGAUUUCUGCGUUAGAUGUAGGAGGGCAGCAGCCUAAGGGAUUCAACGUUUUUGUUUUGUCACCUAAUAAAUUGAAAGACAUCGGCUUGGUUGUGAAAAUGAACAAUGGGAGACCCAUUAUCAUGCAUGAGAAUAAAGAUGGCAGUACAGGCAAGGUUGUAUCGACUAGUCAGUUGGUGCCAUUGUUACAGACUCAGAAAAUUAACCUUGAAACAGUGGUUCCAGACCGGAUGAAUGCAACUGAUUCAGGGCUGCAUGAGGAAGCGGCGGGAAUUUCUGCCAAGUCCCAGUCACAGAGUAUGUCUACAGGGCUCAAGAGGAAGAGACUUGAGGAGAAUGAUGCAAAUAUGCAGAAGGGACUGUAUAAGCAACUGAAGAGUGACAGUGCAUCAGAAGACUGGAGUACAGGCAGCAGUAGUGGCAAGGAUGAAGCAGCCAUGUCUGUUGCCACUGUUCCAAAUUCAGCGGAGUGGUGGCACUCUGAGACACGGCGGCAUUUACAUCGGUUUUCUGUACAUUGGCAGCUUGCACUGGCAGAGAUAGGGCACAUCAACUGUCCUAUGAGGGAGUGCAACUAUAUCAGUCUGUCAGAAGAUGACAUGGUCAGGCACUAUUUAUUUUGUGAUGGGAAGCCAUCUGUUGCAGCUCAUGCAUGUCCAAUAUGCAUGCAUCGUUUGAGUACAGAAGACGAUUUGAAGGCUCACAUGCACAGAUCACAUCCUAGUGACGGCUUCCAGAGAAAGACACUGCAGCAGAUCAUGGAAAAAAAUGAAUGGCAAGAGCAGCCCAAAGUGAAAUUGCUUCUAAAGAGACGCAGCUUUUCUAAAGUCCACAAAGUGUCUUGGAACAUUGCCAUCGAGUCAAAAGGCUAUGUGAAAUGCCUUUUCCAGAACUGCAGCUACCUCGCUCUGACAGUGGAUGAGAUGAUCAAACAUUAUGGCAUUUGUAAUGGUGGUGGUGAUGUAGGAGCAUAUCGGUGCCCUUACAAAUGUGCACACUGUGGUGGCGCUGUUGAAACAGAAGAGAAACUCCAAGCUCAUAUAGAAAGGUCCCAUUCCACAGAACAAUCAUCAUAUGACAUAAAAUUAUUAUCUGCUAGUUCUUCUACAAAUUAUGACACAGAGUCAGUCGUUCCAUCUCUAGAACUGAUGAAACCUGCUAAAUUGAAAAGUCAAGUGGAUAAAGAGAGUUCUCAUUUACAAGAUUCCUUCAUCAUCACAUUGAAUGCAUCCGAUGGAAAUGAGUCAGAUGAUAAAGACAUACAGCUAGUUUCUGUUGACAAUAUCAAAGUUGAGGCAGGAGAAACUCUUGGUUACAGCAGUGGUGAUAGGGUGCAGAAUGUUCAUGACUCCAACAGUGGUCAGUCACAUCUUUACAGUACUUCAUGUCCUGUUACCAGGGCCAAAAGUUGUCCAGUUAACAAAAAGUUACUAAUGGAACAGGUUCUGCCUCACGUAGAAGAGGUGAGUAAUGCAUGGGAAGAACGAAAUGUAUCAGAAGUCGAAGAAAUAAAGGAGAAAUGUAACAACAGAGAGAAUGCUGACAAGAUUGUCACUGAAUGUGUGGCAGAGAGUAUGGACUAUGGAACUGUUGCUGCUGAGGAGAAACCAGAUGUGUGUGUUCCAUUUAUUGAACCUGGUUUAUGUUCAGCAUUAUGUGAAGUAGAUAUGGACUGUUCAGGAAGAGACUCUGGUGUUAAUAUUUGUAGCACAGAAAAUCCACCUUUCUGUAUUGUCUCUAAGAUGGAUUUGAAUCAGCAUGUGUAUUCAAAGAGUCAUCUCUCCAGCAGUGUUCCAUCAACGAGCAAACAGUCAAACGACAUUGAUGUCAGGACUGACAUCCAUGAGGACGAUACUUAUUCCAGUGUGUACCACAGGAAACAGUACUCAAGUAUAUAUAGUGAUGAGAGUUAUGGUGGUGGGUUUUGCGAACAGCCAAAUACUGAGACAGACUCUGAUACAUCAGCCAAAUGGCUUGACACUUGUAGGAAUGUGGAACAGCAAAGUACGGAAGGUGACAGUGGCCCUGGCAAAUGUCGCAUUUUGAAAACAUACAGCAGGAGGAGGUUAAGGUUGCAUUCUAAUGCCUUCAGCAGCCCAGUACAGCCGAGUAAGUCAUUCAUUGAAGUGGCUGAUAUGAAGAAAGAGACACCAGAUACUACUGCAAGAGAGCUGAAUAAGCAGGUGGAGGAGUCUGAUGGGCAGAGUACACAAGGCACAACCCAUUCAG